CACACACACACACACACUUUAGAAUAUAAUGCAGCUAAUUUCAGCUCAAUGGACAGCCGUCAGUGUCAAUAUAACCACAGUAUAGACAAGCUGAGCAAACUUCCUUCAUGCAAAUGUGUGAACUCUAACCAACUCACAAAACCACACAUAGUCUAAUGGAAACAUUUGUGCUUGUUGACCAGUGAUCAAGUAAGAGAUGAAGAGAGAGUUUGACAACAUGUCACAGCAACAAAUGUGAAGGUGUAUACAUUAAAUGGUCUGAAUAUAAGAGUUGUGGUUUCCUGUUUUGACAUGUUUACACGUUGCUGGUUUGUACCCACUACAACAGAGAACAUCAUGAGUUUUACAGCUGAACUUUGAUUAAAAAAAAAAAAAACUUAAUUGAAAUGUAAAGCACAAAAUUUCUCAAGUGAAGAUGAUUAUCUGCAUGUAUACAUCAAAAUGAUUUGAUACUAAACAUAUCUAUCAGACAAACAAAAGUAUUACCUCCUCUUCAUAUCAGUUUGAUGAUGAUUUCCAUUUUUGUAAACCAAUCAGAGCAAAUUAGAGUAAAAAAGUCUAUAGGAUAACCAAUCAUUGGUUUAUACUACUCUUUGUAUGUACACAUGAUAACCUAAUUUAUUGACCAACCCCUCUGUGACGUGAAACAUUUUAGAAAAGAUUUUCCAUUGACGUGAACCAAUCAGGUGAGAGCUGCCGUCUGUAAGACCCUCACCAGUGUCAGUUAUUCACAGUCACUCACAGAGAUGGAGAGGUCAAGACUGGCUCUCGUCGCCCUCAUGUGUGUUUUGUUGUUCAGUCAGAACAGAGUCUCUGGAGCAGAAGUGGAGAUGAAAGUCAGACCAGGAGACAACAUCACUCUCUACUGUGAUCGCUCUUCAACUCUUGGUUCCCUCAUUGUAUGGAUAAGAAACUGCUCUCAUGAAAAUCAACCCUCUCUUGAAAUAGAUUUUACGAAAUGGAACAAGGAGAUAUUUCAGCGUUUCAGCUCUGUCCAAAACCGCUCCAGUAAUUCUUAUGAUCUACAUAUUACUAACAUCAGUGUCUCUGAUCUGGGACUGUAUUACUGUGGAGAAGUAGAGAAUAAGGUAGAUAAAGAUGCAAAUGGCAUCAUCUCCUCAUCUAAAGUGUACUAUAAUGGAAACCGAACCACUCGUCUCUCUUUUGCAGAGGAAGUAACUCCAUGUUCUGGACUGAACAUCACCUCCACUCCUCGUGUAUCAGACUGUGUUCUCUGCUGGACGCUGCUGUUCAGUGUGUGUCCGGUGUGUGUUCUCCUCUCCUCGAUCUGUCUGUACUGCCUCUAUCAGAGGAAAACUACAGAUGCUGCGGCAGAUCAAAAAGUUAAUUCGAGAGGUAGAAAUACCAUUGAGGGUGAAGAUGAAGAGGUGUGUUAUGCAUCUUUAGAUGUGAAGACCAGGAGACAAAAACAACGCAAGACAAAGCGAGUGCAGAGUUCAGACUUCAGUACAUAUGCUCAGUUAAAAUUGAAAUCAAAACACAUUUUCAAAGCUUCAAAGGACUUUUACUGAAGCGCUCUGUCUGUGUCUUUUCUUGAGGAAGGGUCUUGCUUUGUUUCCAGUUAAAGCGGUAACAGUCUUAGCCACAAAUGUUUCCAUUCAGUUUAGUGCUUGUGUGAACAUGAGACAGAAGAAAGAAAGAGGUUGGAGUGUGAAAAUGCUUAUGUGGUGAGUUUGUGGUGAAAUUGGUUUGUGUACAUGCAGCAAAAGCUUGAUUUACAGCGGCGGUCUAUCUUUAGACUUGGAAGUAACACAUUUACUGCAUCAGCAUCCCUCAGAAUGAAGCACAAAGAGCUGGUUUGAAUUUGUUUUGUUUUUUACAUUACUUUUUACUUUGGCAAUCCCACAUAACCACUCAAAUGAUGUUCAAAUGAGACUAAAGAUAUCAGUGCCAUGCCAAUUAAUAAUAAUGUGUCAAGAGGAAUGUUUCUUUUAUCUGUACAUUUUUGUCACUGUAUAUAAUGGAUAGUGAUGUUUAUAGUAUGGCAAUGUAUAUUUUUACAUGUCCAUGAUCUGUUAUUUCUGAAAGAGACUCAUGGUGGUCAGAGCUGUCAGUGUGUUUAGUUUUAUUAGUGGCCUGAGGGUGGCAGUGUGGAUUUGAUUUUUGCAAAAUGUCUGAAAUCUUUUAAAUGCUUGUUACACUCCACAUUCAUUUGAUUCAUAUUUUAAAGCACAUUUUUAUGUGAAGGUCAUAUAGCAAAUAAACAUGUCAUAUCAA